CACCUCAGAAUCUUAAGCCACAAGCACAUCUUUUAAAAGGGAAUCCUACCCCACAAUGUACUGACCUCAAAAGGCUCGAGCGAGAAGGACAAAACACUCAAGCCUCAGCAGUACUGCAGAAAAACUACAUGCAGAGAGAAGUUUGGAGAAACAUUCUGUUUUACUCAUAAACAGGCAUUGCUUAAUAAUUCACCACUGGGAAUGAUGUUACAGUGGAGUUUGAAAGCAAGGGAAGGAAGGCAGUUUUUCUGGACAGCUUUCUGUGUUUUAAGCCUAUUGGAAGACCAAGUCUCAGGUGAUGAUUCAACAACCACGCUUACUACAUUAUCUUCAGAAACUCUUUAUUCAAGAUUUUCCACUGCUAACGUGCCAACAAUAACAUUCAGCUCUCACCCAGCAGAGACUUCCACUGCCUCUAUAAAUGGCACCACAUCAUCAAGAGUACCUUCAGACAUUUCAAAUGUCACCAGCAACCCUACAGAUCCCACUUCACCAGACAACAAUGUAACACUUGCUACACAGCUCACUUCAACAGGCAAUACAACAUUUGCUCACAUCAGUGAGACAACCAUCUCAUCCCUGAUUUCAACUACAGUUCUGCCAUAUGCUUCAACUGAGAAACCAAAUAACUUCUCAAACUUACCUACCACAGCCCAAGAUGGUGAUAGCAGUACAAUGGGCAACAUUACAUGCUUGAAUAUCAAGCAAGUGACUACUUCACAAGUAAUAUGCUUGAAGCUCAAUGAGGUCUACUCAUGUCAACAGUUUAAAGAGAAGAAAGGUGAGCACUUUAAAAACGUGAUUUGUGAAAAGAAGGCAAAUCAAUGUGACAUCAAACUGGCAGAUUCAGAGUUGAAGAAGGAAUGCAUACUGUUGGUUGAAGUUAACAAGAAAGGUGCGGAAGCAUUAGAUGCUUUUCUACAGAAGCAAUCUGCUUUGAAAGAGCUAGGGAUACAUUAUGAAAAACAGGCCAUUGAAAAUCACAAGAGCUAUACUCGAAAGACGCUUAUUGCCUUGGUCACCUCUGGUCUGCUGCUAGCAUUUCUGGGAUUGGCUGGAUACUGCCUUAUGAAACGACGGAGCUGGAGUCCCAUGGGAGAGAGGCUGGGUGAAGAUCCAUAUUACACAGAAAAUGGUAGCCAUGGCAACACUGUGAUCUCUGUGGCUUCACACGAACAGUCUGAUCUGCAGGAUAAACAAAACCUCAAUGGAGGGACCCGGGAAAACGGGACUGGCCAGCCAGCCUCAAAAAAUGGACAGUCAUGCAAGCCCCAUGUUAUUGCUGAUACUGAACUGUGAAAAAUGCCAUGGUCAAAAGCCUCAUUAAAGUAGCUUGAAAGAACAGAUUAGAAGCGUAGAGGAGCCAGGAUGCAAAGCAUAUUAUAAAUGGCAUCAUAAUCUUUUUUUUUUUUGCAAACAUCUCAAAAAAACAGUUUUUAAAGUAUACCUUUUUCAAGAGCUGCCACAGGACUAGCUGUGUACAAGUUUUCAUUUCUUUAGUAAGCUACUUCAGUGGGAUUUCUUAUCAGACUGGGCAUGUAUCUUCUUUGCUUUUUCUAUUUCAGACCCAAGUGAGAUGUGACUGGCCUUCAUAACCAUCCAAAGAAAAUAUAGGGAAUUUUGUCUGGAAAUCUAGAUCAGAUUCAACAUUUGUUAGGACAUUGUUCAACAGCUCCAAUGCUGGAGGAGAAAGAACUUUGAUGUAAAGAGAUGUAGCUUCAAAUGAGUAGUGGAACAUUUCACACUUGGGUCAGUAAUUCUGGCUCAUGGGAUUGUCCUUAUGUGGUACAAUGAAUCACAGUGCAUAUGAAUCCUAUGCAUAUCUAGUGAGAAAUAAGUCCCGUGACCAUCAUCAGUGCUUACUGUCAGGUAAGUAUGUAUGGGAAUGCACCCUCAGUCUUGUAAAUGCUCCACUGCAUGGCCAUAAACACAUUUUGAAUGUUUCAAGAUGUGAAGACUUGCCUUUUAGGUGAAUACUGAUACAUUUAUUAGACUAGUUUACCAAGUUAAACCACCCAAAAGGUCAACCUGAUGGUUAAAAAGUAUCAAAACCCUUUUGUUAUUUCUACAGUUGGGUUCUACUUGGCAUUCUUAUACUCAGCUCAGAAAUCUCUCCCUUGCCUUCUGCUUUUUGUGUUGCAUCAAUCUUAACAAUUUACUGGCAGCAAAUCCACGACCUAUCAGAAAUUCAUGGAUUACCUAAUCUGGCAAUCCCUGAACUACAUAGAAAAAGUUCUUUAUUAGAUUCCCUUCUCAUCACAAAGCUAAGUAUCAAGUAUGGUGAGACAGCUUCCAAAACCAACACUGAACUGCAGCAGGCAAGUGGCCUGAAAUUGCAAAUGUCACUAAUGUGUUCUGUCUGUUCAUGAGGUCUCCAUGGGGACUCAAUUUUCAUUGUUCAUGUAAGAACAAGCAAAUAAAAGCAGUGCCACAGAUAACUUAUGCUUGGCUGAAAGGCAGACAACUCAGUCCUUAAAAACUUCAGCCUUGAUCCUAUUCAUGUUUAAGUCCAAUUGAAAUGAAUGGGACAAUGUACAACUAAAUUAAGUCUCAUUUAUGUGUGAUAGGAUUUAAGCAAAACUAACAGUGCAAGCCUAAACAGAAUUACACCUUUCUAAGACAUCGAUUUAAAUAGAUUUAGAUGAGUGUAAAUCUACUUAGGAUCAUACUGUAACUUUCUUUGGAUUGGGUCUUUGAAUGUAUACGCGUAUAAAUCUAAGUUGCGGCUUUAAUAACUUUUGGUAUCUCAGGUUCUGUGGAUUGGUUAAACCCGAUACAUUCAUUGUACCUUUUACUUGCCCUGCUAAGAAGCUGUUUCCCCAAUUUGUGUUUUAUUACCCUCCCCAUGUUCAAUGACAUUUUAGGGUUUUUUUUAACCACUGUAUGUUUUUUGGUUAUGUUGUAUAUAGCAAAGUACCAAGAAUGUGAUUAGGAUUUGAAAUGAAUUAUUUUUUGCACAGUCAGCAUGGGUAUUAUUGCCUGCAUUUAAACCUAUGGACUAUCAUUAGGAACAAUACAUAAAAUUCUAGUAUGAA